AUGAAGCAAAAGCAAUCUAUACACGAGAGCGCAGGCAUGGCAGGGACUCUGGCACGGUUUUGGCGACGGUCGUAUGCGCCCGACUACAUCGGCUUCGCUCUCGUCCUCGCAGCGUACAUGUGGGAACAAACCUUCGCGGUACCUUUCCACCGCAUGUUCACGCUCGACGACCACACGAAGCAGUACCCGCACGCGGCCGUCGAGCGGGUGCCGACGCUGAACCUCAUCCUCUACGCGGGCAUCGGCCCGCUGGUAUUCAUCCUGGCGUGGGCGGCGGUCGCCCGGCCGGGCUUCCACAAGGCCCACGUCACGCUGCUGGGCCUGUUCGUCUCCGUCUUCCUCACGUCGCUCCUCACGGACAUCGUCAAGAACGCCGUCGGCCGGCCUCGUCCGGACCUGAUUGCCCGAUGCAAGCCGGCCGCCGGCACGCCCGAGCACGAGCUGGUGACGUUCGCCGUGUGCACGGAGUCGAGGCACCGCACGCUGCACGACGGCUGGCGCAGUUUCCCCUCCGGCCACAGCAGCUGGGCCUUCGCGGGCCUGGGAUACCUCGCGCUCUUCCUGGCGGGACAGCUACGCAUCUUCAGGCCGCACGCCGACCUGGCCAGGGUCUUGGUCGUGCUCGCGCCUCUGGUGGGCGCCGCGCUGAUUGCCAUGUCGCGCCUGGCGGAUUACAGGCACGACGUCUACGACGUCACCUCCGGGAGCAUCCUCGGCAUGGGCGUGGCAUACUUCACGUACCGACGUUAUUACCGCCCACUGAAACACCCGAAGUGCGAUGUGCCGUACCCGAGUCGAGCAGAGUACGAAAGUGCCAGGACCGGUGCCAAAGGACGGGACUUGGAAGAAGCUCGACUUCACGAUGACUUCUCACUUGACGAUCUUUCAGAGGGCGAAGACGCGGAAUCUUUUCCAUUGAACGAGACUCGGCCUGUCAGGCUGGACAAGGUGCGUGGUGGUGUAUCUACAUGA